GAGGAGGGAGACGCAGGAGGCGGGACUGCCCCAGCCCUUUCCUUUGCAGGCAAAAAAACAGCCUGGGUCGGAGAGUGUCCAAGAGAGGAGGGAGCCUUGCUGCGGCUUCAUCCGCCCCCUUCUUUCUUCUUUCUUCUUCUUCUUUGGCUUCCGAGGGGAAGAGGACGAGCAUGGCCUUCGCCCCCAGCCCUCCUCUCCUGAGCCUCUGCGCCUUGCUCUUUGGGCUGCUGCCCACCGGCGGUUUCUGUGAGAGAUGUGAAUCAUACAAAAAUUCUUAUGGACUUUUAUAUUUGGGAACAAGUUGUACAGAUUUUUGCUGUGGAAGCUGCCUCAAACGAUAUUGCUGCUCGGACCCGUCACAAAAAUUGGAUAAAUAUGACCAGCUUCUGUGUAAUUUGCAGCUGUCGGAAAGCAGCACAUCUCCAUCAGCCUUCGGAGCGCCAAUGAAAUAUGAAGCAGAAUUCAGACAAUUCCCUGGUGUCACUUUUAUAGUAAUUGGAGUUACGGUUUUCAUCCUGAUUGUAACCCUGAUUGUUGUCUGUUUCACGUGCUCAUGUUGCUGCCUGUACAAAGCAUGCCGAGGGCAACCACGGCCUGUUGUGACCACAACUACAGCCACUACUGUGGUGCAAGUGCCAUACCCUCAGCAGCCUGGUAUGGCAACAGGUUACCCACCAGGUGUAUACCAAGGAUAUAGUCCUAUUCCUGUUCAGCCGCACCCUGGGAUGCCCGCAGCUCCCUACCCAACCCAGUACCCUCCACCUUACGUCGCACAGCCUUCAGGACCACCAGCAUAUCAUGAAACAGUGGCAGCUGGUGCUGGAGCUCCUGCAAGUCAGCCACCUUAUAACCCAGCAUAUAUGGAUCCCACAAAGUCAUACUGAAUGGAUUUCCCCCCGUGUUGCACCUAUGCAGAAAAUGCUUCAAACUGAAUGUGUCUUGUGGCAUACUUUCUUAAACUACUACUCCGAUAAGUGGGGAAGGAGAGCGAUAAUAAUCCAGAAACAGUGAUGUCUAAAUAUAUAUAUUGUAUACUACAAGAGGAAAAAAUACCUUGAUAUGGAUUCAUUUUUCCACACUUCAUGCAGCUGAAGUUGUUGAAAACUAAGGGGAGGGAACUAAAAAAGGUAAUGGCUGAAGCAAAAAUAUCACAGUGGGAAUCUUGUACGAAACUGUCUGUUAGAAGGGAAUGGCAGUUAUGAAGUGAGUAGCAACACCUACAACCAUAAUUUCCCCAAAGAUUAAUACUGACUAGAAAAUGAGAGGUAUAUUUAACAAAACUGUGUAAAGUGGAAUAUGCUAUUUCCAGGUAGUUGUUAUGAUGCAAAGUCUUUCAUUUUCACAAGUGAAGUGCACAAUCUUAAGUAGAAUGUUAUUGAGAAAGGAAUAGUGAUAGUUGUUAAAUGACAUCUCAAUGUGUAUUCAUUGUGCAGUAGUCCCAGAAUCACUCACUUGAUUGUAACAUUUCCCAGUUUUCAUUUCCACCAUGCAGGUUUUAUAUAUAUUUCACAAUAUACCAAAAACAGAGUAGCUAUACGUCUACUACAUGAGAGCAGUUGAAUUAGGUUAUUAAUCAUCUUAAAAGGGGAGACCUGUGAUGGGAUGUUACAGUGUAUUUGGAAGUUUUAGUAGAAGGGUGAAGUUUCAGUGGAGCAUUAAUCUUAUAUUAUUUUCAGAUCCUAAUAGGAGUAGUUCUGUUCAGGCAGCAGUUAGCAAGCUCAGGGUUCCCUUCACCAAUGUGAUAAAGUAAAAUUGGGUUAAGGGAACGGUUUCCUUCCCAUCCUGGCCUCUGUUUUCAAUUUUCCUUUUCCAGAUUGAAUCAACAUUCCACGGGUACUGAGCAUGCUCACUUAUUGUUUGGAUAUGUUUGUGUGGCCUUGCUCUCCUAGGAUUUUUAACAUUUUUGUAUUUCUGCAGACCUCAAGAUUCCCUUCACUAAUGUGAUUCCUCCCUCUUAUUUUCUAAGUGGUGUUGCUUACAUAUCACUUGGUUGUGAUGCGUAGUUUUACCUUUCAGCACAAUAGCCGACUCUUUUUUCUAUUCCUUUUUUUAAAAAAAAGUAUUUAAAAGUUACAUUUCAAUAGUUUCCUGACUAUCUACUCAAAUUUGAGGGAAAUCACCAUGAAAGAUAGUUGGAAUUCUGCCCUGGAAAAUUAAAAUUAUGCUUCAUGCAUCUGGUGUUUUGUAAUUUUUAUACUAACCAGAAGCACAUCAAGUGGGCAAGAGGGGGUGCAGCCUCAUUACACGUGGUAUUACUAACAUCAUACAAGAGAAAAGCCUCUGAAAAAUAAUAUCAAACCUUAAAGCCCAUGCGUCAAUCCACAAUAUGUUAUGUGUUCAAAACUGUGAUUAGUAAAUUUGGCUGAUCACAGGAGAGGACAAAACUGCAUUCUUGGAAUUGAGAACAUUCACGACUUCUCAGAUAAAAUAAAUUUUUAUUCUUCCAUAGCAUUUUGUGAUCAUAAUAGCAGAAGUGGUUACUGAGGUACUUUCAACAUCGAGGACUGUACAUACCAAGAAAAUUGUGGCUUUUGUGUACACACUGGGAACUGAAGCAAGUUGAAAUUAUACAUGCAUGAAGAAUGUCAGUGUCUUGAGAAAUACUUUUAAGGCAUGGCCUUCCUCUUGUUUUAAAUGGUGCCAGAAGUAUUCAGGUCUUAAACUCUGUUCUUGAAUCUUUGUAUACAAUGCUGAGUAGCCAAACUCUUUCUUUUAAAUGGCUUGAUAGCACAGCCCUAUACAUGUCAGCUUAGUAGUAACUCAAAUUGAAUUAAAUCAGGUUUACUUUCAGGUAAUGUUAAUAAGAUUACCCCUUAAGUAGAUUAGACAUUUGUUUCCAGCAACUGGGUCUGUAGUUCACUGCAUUUGCCAUCUUUUUCUAUGUCGUAGUUGCGUCUUACUGAAACCUUAGCUCUCACGUUAUAGCUUUAAAAUGUCAUUGAGCACAUAUCGUUAUCCAAAGAUUCUCUUUGUUCUCUCCCUAUAUUGUAUUAAUAGGCAUACUUUCCUAUAUUGCAUAUCCUGCUUUAAAAAAAAACAAUUGUGAAAUCAGGAAUGCAGAAUGAAUAAGCUCAAAGGGAGCAUGAAAUAAUACCUUGCAUAAAUAGUUCUAUGAAAUCUACCAAUCUUAAUUCUACUGCAAGGAUUCAACACCAUGGAACUAUGAUUUUGAAGAAGUGCACAAUCUGCUUUCAGCUUGUGCACCUCAUUCAUUUAAUAUAAAAGGAAACAAUGAAAACAUAAGCAAUCUUUAUAUAAUCCCUGUUUUUUUUAUAUUUUAAUAGUGGAUUUUUUCUUUUGUUAUAAGGGAUUGUAAUUCUUGUGUUUUCUCUGUUUGAGCAACCUUUUCUUUCAGAAGUGUUACUUGUCUUAAAAGCCUUGUGGUUUACAUUCCCUUUUUCUACUAUUUGCCUGUAAAAUGACAGAAGCCUACAAUACACACACACUUGGCAGUAAACACCCUUGCCUUACUUCUGAGCAGACUUGCAUAGGAUUCUACUGUGAUGUAAGCGUGACCUCUUUUUUCCUUCCAAAGACGGCAUAUCUUAUUUGUCCAUAUGGCCUACAUUACCAUCACGUAAAAUGAAAAGUUUCUGGAAAUCAUUAAUAUGUAAAUAUUUUCUCCACAUUUGCUACAUCAAAUGUGGGGGAAACAUUCAUACUGAAUAUGACAUUUCUGAAGACAUAGGAAACCAAAAUAUUUGUAGACCUCCAUGUGUUUGACAAUACUUUCAUUUCUUGGUUUAUAAUUAAAAGCAAGCUGUUACAAAUGUCUUCCUGUCCCCUGCACCCACAAAAUGCAUCCAAGACAAUUUAUUGUUGAAGGCUUUAAUGGCCAGAAUCACUGGGUUGCUGUGAGUUUUCUGAGCUGUAUGGCCAUGUUCCAGAAGCAUUCUCUCUUGAUGUUUCACUUACAUCUAUGGCAGGCAUCCUCAGACGUUUCCAACAGACCUCACAACCUCUGAGGAUGCCUGCCAUAGAUGUGGGUGAAAUGUCAGGAAAGAAUGCUUCUGGAACAUGGCCAUACAGCCCGAAAAACUCACAGAAACCCAGCAUCCAAGACAACUUAUUUCACCUAGGUCAACUAGAUAUGUGCUAGCACAGCUGCAUAAGGUGACUGCAUUAUAGUAUGUAGUUUUCUUUGCCUUCAUUACUAUGCCUUUUCUAUUGGACAAUAAUGUGGAAUCCUCAAGAUAUGGAUGAGGAAUAUGUGACCCUCCAGCUGCCGUUGGACUGCAACCCAUAGCAUCCUUUAUUGUUGACUAAAGAGCUUAUCACACACACCAGGCAAAUUGCAAUUACAGCAGGACAAAAGUGUCUUUGGCUGGGACUUAUCCCAUGAUGUUGCUCAUCUCCCAUUAUUCUCCCAGUGGGAAACAGCCUGGAAAGUAUCCAUUAGUGAUGGCCUUUUGCAAAUACCUUCCAAUGGUGCCCACAUUGGAGUGCAUUUUUAAUGGGGGCACCCAGAAGAGGAGCAACUCCCAUGUGAUAAAUCCUGCUUUUAUCCUGCUGCAAUAGUGAUCUACCUGUUUUGUGUGAUCAACAGCACGAAGCUAAUUAGUGUUAUUGAGAUCUGCAGUUGAACUUCAUCUGGUGAGCCAUGUGAUUCUCACCUGUAAUUUGAGGCCUGUUGUCUUGCUUUGCCUUUGCUCUUUGUUCUCAAAACUAUGUGGACAUUUGUUUGUUUUUGGUGACUGAUCCUAGUAAGAUUCAUAUACAACUUGACCCAUGCAAUUCAAACAGUCAUCUGACUCCUGCAGAAAUAGUGUUAAUUGUACAAUCAAGAAGAGAAUGAGACAGUAUUUGUUUCUGUAUAGAAUGUCUUUCUCUAUUGGCAAUCCUGCUGUUACACAUGAGCCUGGUUACAAUCGAUAAUGCUUGCAUGCAAUAUAGGAAGGGAGAGAUUCUACGAGUAUGAUGUAUGUGACAAUUUAAUUAUUACGUUUGUACUGAGAAUUUCGGUUUUAAACUACACAUUUUCAGUUUUUACUUUGUAUCAUGACCCCUGAAAGUGCCUUUUCCAGAAUCUUACUACAUUGGUGGAGACAAUGUACUGUGUUUCAAUGUACUGUGUGUUUCAUGUUUGACAUUCUUGUUUUUUACAAAAACAAAUUGCUCUGUAUUAGUUGCUCAUAGUAAACAAACUACAUUCAAAAGGA